AUGGACGAUAGUGGCAUCGCAGCCAAUGUAGCGCGAGCCAUAGCUGCUGCCCUAGAUUGGACCUCAUCACCCGAUGCUCGAGCUGCGGCAUACGCUUACUUAGACACAAUAAAAGCCGGGGAUACGCGUGUAUUGGCGAACACCUCGUUUCUAUUGGUUAAGAGAGAUUGGCCGUCUGAAAUUCGGUUGCAUGCUUUUAAAAUGCUCCAGCAUCUAGUACGUUUGCGCUGGGACCAAUUAAGCCCAGUAGAACGAAGAGACUUUGCAAAGCUAGCUGUUGAUUUGAUUUCUGAAAUUGCGAACCCUUGUGAAGAAUGGGCUUUGAAAAGUCAGGCAGCUGCUCUUGUUGCAGAGAUAGUUAGGAGGGAAGGUCCCAGUCUUUGGCAAGAACUUUUCCCAUCUAUAACCACUCUAUCCAGCAUGGGUCCUAUACAGGCGGAGCUGGUAUCGAUGGUACUCCGAUGGCUUCCAGAAGAUAUUACUGUCCAUAAUGAGGAUUUAGAAGGUGACAGGCGUAGGAUUUUAUUACGUGGGCUUACUCAGUCCUUGUCAGAAAUUUUUCCUCUUCUGUACACAUUGCUGGAGAGGCACUAUCGAGCUGCAAUUACCGAAGCGGGUAAACAGCAGAUGGACAUUGCAAAACGGCAUGCAGUGGCAGUAACUGCUGCUGUUAAUGCCGUUAAUGCGUAUGCGGAGUGGGCUCCAUUACCUCAUCUUGCAAAAUAUGGAAUCAUAUAUGGCUGCGGAUUCUUACUCACUUCUCCUGAUUUUCGUCUUCAUGCUUGCGAAUUUUUCAAACUUGUGACUCAAAGGAAAAGGCCAACUGAUGAUGCUUCUGAGUUUGAUUCUGCUAUGAGAAAUGUCUUCGAGAUCUUAAUGAACUUCGCCAGAGAUUUUUUUAACAAAUCCACCUCUGGUGCUGGCACCAGUGAGAGUGACCUCGAGUUUGCAGAAUAUAUUUGUGAAUGUUUGGUUUCAUUAGGUUCUACGAACUUGCAAUGUAUUGCAGCUGAUACCACAGUUUUCUCAUUUUACCUUCAACAGAUGCUGGGGUUUUUUCAACAUGCAAAGUUCACACUUCACUACCAAUCUCUGCUUUUUUGGCUGUCACUGAUGCGUGACCUAAUGUCCAAAUCCAAGACUGUUCCAACUGAUGACUCCAACAGGGGUUCUCGGCAGGCUGACAAUGAGAGGAUAAAUGUCAUAGCUUUAGUAACUGAUGAUAUUUGCAGUGCCCUAUUGGACGCGUCCUUCCAACGCAUGGUGAAGAAAGAAAAAAUUCGUUCUGGGAUGGCACCAACUGUUGGAACGCUGGAGCUGUGGAGUGAUGAAUUUGACAGCAAAACUGACUUCAGUUACUAUCGCUCACGACUGUUAGAAUUAAUCCGUUUCAUAGCGUCUGACAAGCCCCUUCUAGCUGCUGCUAAAGUUUCUGAGAAAGUUACUGAAGUGAUAAGGCCCCUUACGCUUGUACACAACCCCACUCAAGAUUUGGCCAUGAUAGAAAGCAUGCAUUUGGCUUUAGAAAAUAUUGUGGGCUCUAUAUUUGAUGAAUCAAAUGAAUAUAGCAAGAAAAGCUCUGAAUAUCAGAUUCCUUUACAUCGAACAUUGGAAGGUCUGCUUCAACAGUUUAUGUCAUUGAAAUGGACUGAACCUUUACUGGUGGAAGUUCUUGGUCACUAUUUAGAGGCAAUGGGUCCGUUCCUGAGGUACUACCCAGAUGCUGUUGGCAGCGUUGUCAAUAAAUUAUUCGAACUACUGACGUCCCUACCUUUCAUGGUUAAGGAUCCUUCAACAAGUACUGCUCGGCGUGCAAGGUUGCAGAUAUGUACAUCCUUCAUUCGACUUGCUAAGGCUGCCAAUGAAAGCCUCUUGCCUCACAUGAAGGGAAUUGCUAGUACUAUGUCGUACCUGCAAACUGAGGGUGUUUUACUACGUGCAGAGCAAAAUAUUCUUGGAGAAGCUUUCCUUAUUAUGGCUUCUUCUGCCGGGGCUCAACAACAACAAGAAGUUUUGCUCUGGUUGCUUGAGCCUUUGAGUAAACAAUGGACUCAACCAGAAUGGCAAGCAGCAUACUUGACUGACCCGGCCAGCUUAGUUCGGCUUUGCGCUGAGACGAAGUUUAUGUGGUCAAUAUUUCACACAGUAACAUUCUUCGAGAAGGCACUUAAGAGGAGUGGUUUUCGAAAGGGUGGUUUGAGUUCAGGAAACAAUUUGAAAACUAAUACUUCUGCUGAGCACCCGAUGGUUUCCCAUCUCUCAUGGAUGCUGCCACCUCUUGUAAAAUUGCUUCGUGCAAUACAUUCUCUGUGGUCCCCGUCGGUCACUCAGGCUCUUCCGGAAGAAAUGAGGGCAGCAAUGAUUAUGUGCAACGUUGAAAUGACCAGUCUUCUUGGAGAGGGCCAGCAUAAAUUCCAAAAAGCUGCGUUAACUUUUAAAGAUGGAUCUCGAUUAGAAGUCAAUAAGGAAGCUUAUUCAGAGUCCAGUGAAACAGAUAUACGAAACUGGUUAAGAGGAAUUCGAGAGAGUGGGUAUAGCAUAUUAGGUUUAUCCGCGACACUUGGAGACUCCCUUUUCCGAUCUGUGGACCCCCAUUCGGUUAUGUUAGCAUUGAUGGAAAACAUACAGUAUAUGGAGUUUAGGCAUAUAAAGCAGCUGAUACACUCAGCCAUUGUUCCAUUUCUUAAGUACUGUCCCCCGGACCUGUGGGAGGUUUGGCUAGAAAAACUCCUGCAUCCAUUACUUCUCCAUGUGUCUGAGGCUCUUUGCUGUUCAUGGUCUAGUCUCUUACAAGAAGGAAAAGCUAAAGUUCCCGACUUGCAUGGGAUACUUGCUGGAUCGGAUCUGAAGGUGGAGGUUAUGGAGGAAAAGCUUCUUAGGGAUCUAACCAGGGAGACAUGUUCUCUGUUAUCUGUUAUUGCUUCUCCGGGACUUAAUAGCGUGCUUCCUUCACUGGAGCAGGCAAGUCAAAUCAGCAACAGUGAUGAUUCUUCUAGGACAGACUUGAAUGCAUUUGCUGGAAGUUCUAUGGUUGGAUUUGUACUCAGUAAGAAAAACCUUGCUGUUCCAGUCCUGAAGAUGUGUAUUGAAGCAUUUCAUUGGACAGAUGGUGAUGCCAUGUCUAAAGUAUCUCCUUUCUGUGGAUUAGUAGUUCUCCUUGCAAUUUCAACAAAUAAUUUGGAGCUUAGAGAAUUUGUGUGCAAAGAUCUCUUUUCUGCUACUAUCCAAGGCCUGACUCUCGAAUCAAAUGCCUUCGUAAGUGCUGAUUUAGUUGGCUUCUGUCGUGAGAUCUUUGUGUACCUAUCCGGUAGACACCCAUCGCCGAGGCAGAUUCUGCUUUCUCUUCCACGUAUUACCCUCCAAGAUCUACUUGCUUUCGAAGAAGCCUUAUCCAAGACAGGUAGCCCUAAGGAGCAAAAGCAGCACAUGAAGAGUCUUUUGAUAAUGGCGACUGGGGACAAGUUGAAGGCGCUUGCGACUCAGAAAGGCGUAAAUGUCAUUACAAAUGUCACUACAAGGUCACGUCAUUCGGGUGCUUCUCCCGAAUCCAAUGUUGAUGAAGGUAAUGCUAUCGGGUUGGCUGCAUUGAUGUAA